UGGAACAUUCGACAGAUUUCAGCUUUACGUACCCACCCAACCAACUUGUCGAUACUUUUUCUUAUUUCUAAUUCAUACAUCUUAAACCGAAAACUUAUAUAAAAUACAUAGAUGUCAACUGACAGUAAAAUAAGUAAACAAACUUUUGUUUCCAAAGGCAACUUGAUAUUAUUGUGACAUGAAUAAAUAGUACCGUUGGCGCCAUCUGUUGGGAGACUCUCCUACUCGCCAGAGCUGCAUGGCCGAUCUCUGUUUUUACGCGGAUCACGACCGCACACGCCGCUUGGCGCCAUCUGUGAGGACCGUACCAGUGACUCGCCUUCUAGAUCGACGCGAAGCGACCUCGACGAUUCUGGAAGGCCGCUAUGUGGCUCCCGGGAUUCUUCUCGAAUCAACGAUGCGGACUACAUAACUCGACGGCCGGUAGAGGGAAGCAGAGUACAGUAGAAUAGAGCAGAGGGGAGUAUAGUUCAGUUAAUGGCACGGCAUAAGAAUUAGACAUAAAUAGUGGUGUAUCCACACCCAAAUGAACCCAGAAAAACGUUACAUUAUUUUGUUAAAAUUAAAGCCAAUGAAUUUUGUGCUAAAACUUUUAAGACCUACGUUAUAAGUAGUUUUUGAGAAAGUUAGAUCAUUCAAAAUUUAUGCUGCUUGCUUUCGCUGACUAUUUAUUUUCCAUGUUAAUCUAAACAUCGUUCUAAUAAUCCGUAAAACAACCAUUACAAAUAACAUUAUACUAUACAUCUCUUUAUUUUCCAUAAUGACCAGUGCUAAUCAUGAAACAAAUAUCGAAUAUGCCAAAUAUCCGUAACAACAGAAACUGUACUACUCCUAACAUUAUAUAACUGCUUAGCAUAUUAACACGGAACACUGAAAAAUGGCCAGCGUUGAAGAGAGUAAGGAAAAGACUUUGCAAAUAGCCUUAAACGAUUUAGGGCGCAGUGAAAAUGACCUACAAGCCGAAUUAGAUUCGUUGAAGGAGUGGUUCAAAACUCAAAAGCACUUGCCUGAGAUACCUGAUGAUCACAUAUUGAUAAACCAAAUUUUGUCAAACAAAUUCCAUAUGGAAAAAACCAAGAAAAAAAUUGACACUUACUACACGAUUAGAUCGAUAUUGCCGGAAAUAUUUGAGAACAGCAACCCGAAUCGACCAAGCAUGAAGAGCGUCCUCAAACAAAUAGCUUUAUUUCCACUGGGGGUAACUGAAAGUGGUCACAGGGUAGGCAUGUUCUGGAUGGACUUGGACAAAAACGACCAAACAAUCAGUCCGUAUAACGUCGCCAGCCAAAUAAUUAAUUCGAUCGAGGUCAUGGCCCAUGAGUCAAUUACUCUUCCAUGGAUUACGAUACAUGAUUAUGGAAAAUUGACUACUGAAUAUCUAACCAAAAUCAAUCCAGUCACCAUCAAGAAGACAUUUGUACCUCUGAAAAUGUUUAGUAUUAGACAAAAAGAAAUACAUAUAGUCAAUAUCCCGAAAUAUGCUGAAUAUUCUUAAACAUGUAUAACAGUUCUUUAUACCGAAGAUCCGCGACAGGUUUAUCGUGCACAGCUCACCGAACGAGCUUCAAAAAUAUAUACCAAAAUCACUUCUACCGAUGGAUUAUGGUGGAGAUCUACCAAACCUGAGAACACUAGCUGAUGAAUGGAACAAGAAUUUUGAAAAAUAUGCAGAAAGAUUUGACCAACUGGAGAAGUUGAAGGUAGACGAAACGCUGAGGUCAACCCCACUAAAAGACGAUGAAUUGUUGGGUGCUUAUGGACACUUCAGAAAAUGGACAUUGAUUAGGUUACCUUAAGAUAUAUUUUGUGCUACUUUUAUAGUAUACAGGGUAAUUUAGGCUCUAUUUAAACUUUCCACGCAGCGUUUUUCGUUGCACAAUAGUAAAAAUUGUUUGUUAAUAAAAUCAUAAUUGUAUCCUUCUCCCUUCAAAGCUUGGUUGAAAUUAGGAUGGCCUGGGUGAACUAGAGAUGUUCGAUAUACAUCGAUGCAUCGGAAACAUCGAGAUACAGAAUUCGAUGUACCGAUUUGACGCGAUGCAUCGAACGCUUCCGAUGUUUCUCGAUGCAUCGAUGUAUUUUAUCGAUGAAUCGAAAACUUUUCAUUUGGAAUAGGUGUACUUACUUAUUCUUCGUGUGAAAUAAUAAUUAUUUGAACAUAUAAUGCAGUCUUAAGGAGCAGGGCAAACCCUUAAUGAACAAAGAAACAGAUUAAAAGGAAAAACAUUAAAUCAGAUUUUAUUUUUACAAAGUUUGGAUAAAGAAUACUGGGACUCGGACUAGUGUUGUGCUGUUAAAUACACUGACAGCUUAUGAAAUAAUAUAUUUUAUAUGUUCACAACUAUUAACGUUCGAGUUUUUGAUAAUUUUUAUAUUGUCAGAUGUCAUCUACAUCGUUGGGAGCCCUAUUUUUGAGACAACCCUCGUAUAUCACUGUAGCUGUAUGGCCAAUAAGAACACAGAACAUAUGUAUUUAUCUUUCAUGCUUCAUCAAAGUUGGUUUUCCCAAAAUAUGGGGCCGCAGCAACUGGUUAAUGAAUAUAAAUGAUUAAUUUUAUUCAAUGAAUAAGCGUCCGGAUCUGUCAAUAGAAAUUUAUUAAUUCAAUACUCAUCAUAAAUUACGUAAACAAUAUAUGAAUAAAAUAAAUAAAAAAUACUUUAAACUAAAAUUUACAUAUUUGAGUACGUAUAAUUAUUUGUAGCUUUUAAACAAUUCUACCAGCACAGCCUGUUCUUGUCUCUUGAGGCAUUUCAUCUCCAGAACUUUAUAAAACUCUGUUAAGUGGCAGUCGGGAAGCAGCAUUUUAUAUUGCUCAACAAAAUUCUUCGGAGGAUCAACUGGUGUCAUCACCACUUUCAAAAUCAUUUCUGCUUUUGUCAGUCCUUUUGUAACCACCUUGAAUAAAAAUUGGAAAUACAGUUACAAAAUAUAUUUUCAAAAUUACAUAUUCUACAAAAUAAAGCUAUGAGAAUCAUUUCAAAUAAAAAAAAUAUGCUAGGAUUAAGUCUAUGUUAGAAGAACUACAAUGGUUCAAUAUACAAAAUUUCAUAGGUUAUUUAGUCUCAUUUCGUAUUCGAAUCAUUCAUUACCAUCACAUUUGGAAAACUUCACAAAAUUAAAUAGUCGUUAUCAUAACUACGAAACUAGAGGCAGAAUAGAUUUUCAUCUACAAAAUUCUAAUAGUAGCAUAACUAGCAAAUAUGUAUUUCAAAGGAGGGUAUCUGAAUUUAACAAAUUGAAUAGAUGUUAAACAGUUUUCGAAUUUAAAAAUGUUUAAGACGUAAUUUUAAUAAACGGAAAUGGAUUUAAAAAAAAUGGGUCACAAAGAGCCCGUUCACAAACAUUCAGGGUGCGUCAUCUAUUACUUUUUUCUAUUUGAAGAAUCAACACGAUUUUACGAGGUGAAAUCGAAUUUUUUUCAUUGAUAAAUGAAGGUUGUUUUAUGCCAUUUAUGUAUGAAAAAUAACAUCAGUCAUGUGACCACCGCGGCUUCGUUUACAGGCCAACAUCCGAACAUCAAAAUUUACAAUGACUUUUCCCAGAAUAAUCUGGUCUAUGGCCGCAAUCUAAUUCCCAAUAUUGCGCUUUAGGUCUUGAAUUGUCCGGGGACCACUCGCAUACACUUUUCCUUUCAAAAAUCCCCAAAGAAAUAGUCAAGAGGUGUUAAAUCGCACGAUCUCGGGAGCCAACUGACAUCUGAAUUUCGUGAAAUUAUGCGGUCUUGAAAUUUCGUGUGAUUGUUUGGCGAGAUGUGUGAGCCGUUGCUCCAUCUUGAUGAAACCAAAGAUCGUCGGCACCAAUACGAUCCAAUUGUGGCCACAAAGUCUGUUAACAUGCCGCGAUAACGUUCCCCGUUGACGGUAAUGGCGUUCUCUUCGGCAUCUUCAAAGAAGAAUGGUCCAACCAUGCCACCAGCCCAUAAUCCGCACCAAACAGCCACUUUUCAGGAUGGAGAGGUUGUUCAUGAUAUUGGUGUGGAUUUUCUGCCCCCAGAAUCUGCAAUUUUGCUCAUUUACGUACCCAUUGAGGUGAAAAUGAGCCUCAUCAGAAAAGAGCACUUUGGCCGAAAAUCCGUCUCCUCUUUCCAGCAUCCAAUUAACAAAAACACGCCGCUGUUGAUGGUCUGCCGGCUUGAAUUCUUGUGUUAGUUGGAUUUUGUAUGGAUGGAGGUGUAAAUCAAUGUGUAAAAUCCGGCGUAAAGUGGUCUCACUAAUUCCCAAUUGUUGCCUAGUCGAGGUGGUUGGACCUUAUCGCACACUUUCACUCUAGCGGCUGUUUUCACGAGUACGAGCUGGACGAGCAUGUUGGUAUGGUCUACGACCUUCAGCUGAACCAGUCUCCUCAAACGAUUAACAAUCCAACGAAUUCCAGGCUCUGUAGGGCGUCCUUGUCGGCCAAGACUAGUGCGAAGUUUGCGAAAAGUAUUUUUUAUAUUUCGACCGUUUCCGUAAUAAGAUAACCAAAAUGCGUUGUUGUGUUGUAAACGAAUCCAUGACUAUAAAUGGCAUACCUUUGACAGUUCAUUUAUGCAUACCACACGACUUUUGACUCACAGGGUAACACAUAAACUUAUAGGUAAAAAAAGUAAUAGAUGGCGCACCCAGUAUCUUUUAACAGGAUUGCAAAAAUACUGGUAGUAUUGUUUGGUCAGCAGAAAUAUGUACAAAACCGCGAAAAUCGCCAUUUGUUAGCCUACCAAGCAAGGUUAAAAAGUGCUUUAAAAUAAACUAAGCGAGCAAUUCUCUUUAAGGUCUUGUAGGGGAAGGUUUUGACUUUAAUUUAGACAUUUGGCAAAUCUCAAAAAUGAUUUUAGCCGGGGUUUUAAGCAUUUUUUAUUGUUUCCCCUCUCUUUUCAAGGUUUGGAAUUUUUUACAAUUUAAUUUCCAUUUGAUAUUUUGACCACCUGCUAUAAGAAGACAAGGACCAGGACAAAAAAUACGAAACAUUCAUAGGCUUACCUGCAUUUGUGAUUUUUUACACAAAUUUUGAUAUUUCUCAAAAAGGGUUAGAAUUAGAUACUGGAUCUUAUACAGGGUGGCCAAUAAAUAACUGAUUUAAAUUGCGCGCCAUUUUUUUAUGCACGCAUUUCAUAAGGUGGCGCCGUAGUAGUUAUUUGACGUACAUGUGUCCAAUUCAUCAUGGAGCGCUACUCGAUCCUACAACACGUCCGUACUGUUAAAACGGUUUACUUAAAUAAUGCGUCGAUUGUUACAACGAUUCGGAAGCUACGACAAGAUUUCGGUCGAAAUAGUGUGCCCAGUGUCAACAUCAUUCGUUAGUUGGUGAUGUCAACUGGGCACCAAGGUCACCGGAUAUAAUGGCUCCUGACUUUUUUUAUGGGGAUUUUAGAACAAUAGGGUUUAAUUGACGUAUUUUACGAGAUUUCAUUUCACAAAUAUUCAAGAUACAAACCAGUCAGUUACGUAUCGGCCACCCGGUACGAAGAAUGUAUUUAGAAUCUUGCGAAGAUUUCAAAAAUUGAAAAACAUCCAAGAUGUUCCAUUCUAGAUAAGCAACUUGGUACAUUUUGAAAAUAUUUUAGCCAAGUUCCUCAUAUCAGUUAUACCAUAACCCUAAGUUUUCAUAAUUGUCUAACGCUAACUUUCCGAGUAAUCGAUCUACGUGGAACACCCUGUAUAGUUCAUAAUUUACCUUUGUAUAUGCUGCUGGCGCAGGAUGGUUAAUCUGAGAAGCAAUCGAUGGCAGAUUCAACAGGACCGUCUUCAACAUAUGAGUGUCAAGCAAAAGCUGUUCUGCACCUUCUGAUUUAAUCGGUUUGCACUUAUAAAUACAUUGAAUAAACUUUGGAAUGAAAACUAUCCACAAACUUGAUACAAAACUUGGUGAAAUAUUUUCUGGAAUGCGAUAAAUUAUCCCUGAUUAUAGGAACUGUCGUUUUUUAGGUGUGUUGUUAUCGCCGUGAUGUACGGACUUUGGUCUCCAACUGUAUCGAAGUUCUGCCAUUGAAUCUGUGAACAAACGUAUUAUGACCGUGUUGAAAAAUAAAAAAAAAAUCAGAAAAAA